AUGUACAAAGUGUGUAUACUUAUGCAACCACGUUAUUGUAUGUUUUAAGAUUUUCCUUUUUUUUCAGAAAAGGUUUAAAUUUGCUUUUUGCCUGAAUGUUAUUGGUUGCUAGCCUGGGCCCACCCAUCCUAAGUGUGACGCAACACGAGGGCCUGUUGCGAGCUUAGUCUUGCAAGGCAAGCUAUCUCCUAGGUGGUGUUUACAUUAGACCGUAUCAGCGGAUCAUCAGAUUAACGUUUUUAAAACGAUUCGCGUGCACACAGCAAUGCCAAUACACGAUUCGCGUGCACACAGCAACGCCAAUACACGGAUACGCUCGGCUCCGCAGGCAUCCUGCGCUCCAAAUCACUCUGCCCUGAACAGCGAGUGCCCUCUGGAGGGUGCGCACUCCGGCCCUGCACAGCUCACAGAGCGCGCGAGUGAAGCGCACGAGCAGUGAUUCGGGACAAAUAGCAGGAAGUGAAGUUCGCGCCGUUUUUCAGCAGUCACGUCACAUGACCAACGUGGCAUGACCAACGCCAGCGAAUCAGGAAGGUGGAUGUCACAGUGACGUUGUCCAAUGACGACGUCAGCUAUAGCUCAGCACUGCGUUUCCUCGUUCCUCAAUGUUUACACAGCACCGGAUCAGCUACAUACUGGGUUGAAUACGUGGGCCCUGGCGGAUUCAAACUGUUCCGCCUGUGGAGUCGUUUCCCAGCGUUUUAAUGUGCAUGGACAGUGCAUCCGUGGCGAAAACGAUACGGAUACAGUCUAAUGUAAACACUACCCUUGUCUGGCUAACGCGACUUCAAAGCUCAGGCCCUCGUGUUGCUUCACACUUAGGAUGGGCGGGCCCAGGCUAGCUAUCUCCAGCUCUUCCAAGCUCCGGAAAAAUCGGGAGCCAAUCAACUUUGAGCAUCUCCAACGGCCCUGGGUAGAGGCGUGUUCAAGGCAGUGACAUAGUAGAACUGCGACCGGAAGCCAUAGAUUGUUUACAGAAUCAUGCUGUAUUGAAAGCAUUCAACGGGAAGUUCUCAUUGAAAACGGAGCAAAGAGCAUCCCUGGAGGUAUUUAUUGAAAGGAAGGACGUUUUCGCCUUGCUCCCGACCGGCUUCAGUAAGAGUUUAAUCUACCAGUUAACCCCGCUGGUAGCCAAAUCAAUGGGGCUCAGCGAGAAUCCUAUCGUCGCCAGGGGCGGACUUACCAUUAGGCAAACCAAGGCGGUUGCCUAGGGUCCCCAAAAUUUGGGGGCCCCUAACGGUCAGCCCCAUCACAGUACCCACCCAGGUAGCAUGUAUAUAGUGGACCACUGGUGGCUUUUGGACGGCAAGCCGUCGGUGGUAUGCCAGCUGUGGUCUGAAGUCGGGCCGCUGCCUAGCACAAAUCACAGCUCGGGGCGUGAGUGGCUUUUGGUUGGCGCCCCGCGAUGGUACGCGAGGAUUCGAAUCCCACUAUGCGCAAGAUAGUGGAGGCUCGCCAUCCUUGGACCGCUGAAGGACCGCUACCCAUAGACGACAACGGACGUUAACGUUGGUGGAAGAACCAGCCACAACUUAAUAGGACUUGAAAUGUAUGUAGUCGUUUCCUUCCCCGCGGAGGGCUUGUUUUUUGUGGUGCCUGUUUCAUGGAUCAUAGAAGAUAAAUGUUACUGGCCUCCCUUUAAAACGCUGGACAAGGUAAAAAAGGCUGCCCUACAAAAUGAAACCCCUGACCCCAAUUGUUGGACACUUCAUCCAGUUGAGGUGCUUAAAGUUAAAGACACAUACGAAAAGGCCCACGGCCACUACCUUAAAGCAAAAAGAGGAGAGAAGCUGGAGACAGAUGAGGAGACCAUGAAAAGAAAAAGAAAGCCAAACAUGAAAUUCAUCCAAUCCAAUGAAUAUAGUGAUGAAGAAGAUGACCGUCCCUAUUUCCCUCCGGCUCCAAAAAUUCAGCGACUGCCAGAGAAAAUUUCUCUACCAAAUUCAGAGUUUACCAGUCAGGCACCACAGGUCCCAACCACCACCACCCUGCCUCUACCACCACCACCACAACUCCCACCUCUACCACCACUACCGCAGCGCCCACCCAGCCAUGAAGUGUACAGUCAAUCACACAGAACCCCUUCAGUCACCAGGACCAGUACUUACCCUGCAGUGUUGUCCAACCAAGCAGCCAGUCCCCCGUUGGAAACCUCACAUCUUUUUCUGACAUCCAGCCAUGGAGAGUUUACCAGUCAGGCACCACAGGUCCCCACCACCACCACCCUGCCUCUACCACCACCAUCACCUCUACCACCACUACCACAGCUUCCAACGAUUUCGCCUCUGCCAGCACCACCACAGCUUCCAUCGAAGUCACCUCUUUUUCGAACAUCCAGCCAUGGAGAUUUUUGCAGACUUGUUCUGCAGCACCUCCGGACGAUUGAGGAGGAGAUUAAGGAGGUUAAGCAGCAGGUGGCUGCAAAUACAGCCAUCCUGCAGAAGCUAGGGGUGCUGGUGUGGCAGACCUUUGCCUCGUCCAGGAAACCAACAUGCCCCUCAGUAACCUGGAGGAACUGGAGGAGCUGGAGAGGCAGCUUGGGUCUGACAUUUACCUGAAAAACCAACUGGUGAACAUACUUGCUGUUUUUGGGGGGAAACCACCAAAGACGCGGUGAAGAGGAUGUUGGGCCGUAUUUUGAGGAAGUCCCUGGCGCUUCAAAUAAAUUGGACUGGUGCUGGAGGAAAGGUGGCGUUCAAGUCUUUACACCUGAAGAAUGUGUUGCACAGAGCUGUUAGGAGAGUGGUGCACACAGCAACAGAAGAGGACCUGCAAAAAGAAGUUGCGAUGUACCUAAAGGGGGCGUCUGACCGAGAGGGAGGGAGAAAAGACAGGCAGAAAAAAGUGGGCAAUGGGGAAAUGGGGAAUAUUUGAACUAGUCAUUAUCUCUAGCCGCUUUAUCCUUCUACAGGGUCACAGGCAAGCUGGAGCCUAUCCCAGCUGACUACGGGCGAAAGGCGGGGUACACCCUGGACAAGUCGCCA